CGUCCCAGCAUGCCUUGCAAAUGGAAGACUCCAACUCCCAUGCUGCCUUGCGCGCGCGGGGCAUGGCUGAAAGCUCUGUUGUGGUGCAUUCGAAUUAGACAAGUGGAGAGCGCCACCCUCGGCCAUGGGGCUGAAGGGUGCCCAAAAGGCCCUGUUCCCCUUGCGCUCGGUGUCAGACGUUGUUCGCCUCUUUGAACUGGAGCUUCGCCGGGAGCAUCCGGACUUGGUGCUCCUUUCGCUUGUCCUGGGCUUUGUGGAGCAUUUCCUGGCCGUCAACCGAGUGCUCCCCACCAACGUGCCGGGCAUCAGUUUUGAGCCUGCCCAGGGCCCCGACAGCCUGACUUACUUCCCGGUGGCCGAUCUGAGCAUCAUCGGCGCCCUGCAUGCCCGUUUCACCGCCCAAAUCCGCGGGGCUGUUGAUCUCUCGCUGUAUCCCCGGCCCGACGGUUACUCUUCCCGGGAACUCGUCAAGAAAGUCUCCGACGUCAUCUGGAACAGCCUCAGCCGCUCCUACUUCAAGGAUCGGGCCCACAUCCAGUCAUUGUUCAGCUUCAUCACAGGCACCAAGCUAGACAGCUCUGGCGUGGCCUUUGCGGUGGUGGGGGCGUGCCAGGUGCUGGGGCUGCUGGACGUGCACCUGGCGCUCUCGGAGGACCAUGCUUGGGUGGUGUUUGGCAAGGACGGCGAGCAGACAGCGGAGGUGACCUGGCAUGGCAAAGGCAACGAGGACCGGCGUGGGCAGACCGUCAACUCCGGUGUGGCAGAACGGAGCUGGCUGUACCUGAAGGGUUCCUACCUGGGCUGCACCCACCAGAUGGAGGUGGCCUUCAUGGUGUGCGCCAUCAAUCCUUCCAUUGAUCUGCACUCCGACAGCCUGGAGCUGCUGCAGCUGCAACAGAAGCUGCUGUGGGUCCUGUCUGACUUGGGCCAUCUGGAAAGGUACCCGAUGGCAUUGGGAAAUCUGGCUGACUUGGAGGACCUUGAACCCACCCCUGGGCGCCCAGACCCCCUCUUCAUUUACCAUCAGGGGAUCAACUCAGCCAAGCAGUACUACCACAAUGAACACAUCUAUCCGUACAUGUACCUGGCCGGCUACCACUGCCGCAACAAAAACGUCAAGGAGGCGCUGGAGGCCUGGGCCGACUCAGCCACUGUGAUCCAAGAUUAUAACUACUGUCGCGAAGAUGAGGAGAUCUACAAGGAAUUCUUUGAUGUGGCCAACGAUGUAAUCCCCAAUUUGCUAAAAGAGGUGGCCAGCCUUGCUGACUCGGCUGAGGAGAAGGGGGCUGGUGAGAGGGGAGAGGCUUCGCCCUCCCAAGCAGGUGGCUCAGCCCUGCAGGACCCCGAGUGCUUCGCUCACCUCCUGCGCUUCUAUGACGGAAUCUGCAAGUGGGAAGAGGGUAGCCCCACGCCUGUCCUCCAUGUGGGUUGGGCCACUUUCCUCGUCCAAUCCCUGAGCCGUUUUGAUGGGACGGUGCGGCAGAAGGUGACCCUGGUGAGCCGAGAGGUAGAAGCGAACGAGGACGACGAGCAAGGCAGCGAAGAUCCACGGGAGGGGCGCCGCCGAGGUCCCCGCCGGGAGUCCAAGCCCGAGGAGCCACCCUUGCCAAAGAAAGCGACAGAGCGCCGGCGCCCCAGUUCCGGCCAGCGAGUGGACAGGCCCCCUCCGGAGAAAGAGGAAGGGGCCCCCAGCAAUGGCCCUAGUCUGCCUCCCGAAGGGCCCCUCCUUGCCUUCCAGAGCGAAAAGAUGAAGGGCAUGAAGGAGCUGCUGGUGGCGGCCAAGAUCAACUCAAGCGCCAUCAAGCUGCAGCUCACGGCUCAAUCCCAGGUGCAGCUGAAGAAACAGAAGGCCUCUGCCCCCCGGGACUACACCCUGUCCUUUCUCAAGCGGCCCCGUAAGUCCCUCUGAGCCUGCCAGGCGCCUGCAGCGCUCUGCCCCUUCUCUUGAGCGAUACCUCAGAGGUGCCCGUGUCUGCCGGGAGUCUCAGCUCUUGUCCCAGCAGCCCUGAGUAGCCACCAGAAGAGGCCACUUCGCUCCGUUGAAUAACUUUCCAAUGACGCUGCGGGGCCGUGUGUUGACUCGGUCUCCUCUGGCCCCAGCAGCAGUUCAGUUCCUCAAAGGCAGGAGCCUUUUCGUCUUUACGCUGCAGGCAGGAUUCCUGUGGCACCCUCUCUUAGCUGCGCUUGGAAGCCUUUUUGCUUGCGUGGCAACCUUCUGCCAGAAACGGAGGCCUCAAGCACGAGUUCAAAUCCUGCCAGAGACGAGAGGCAGAUGUUUUCAUGGUGCCUUGAAAGUUGUGGGCUGAGCAGAGAGGGAAGUGUGGGGAAAUUGAACAUGGGAGGCAAGGGGCUUUGGGUGGGGGAUCGUUGCUCUUGCCUCUGCUGCUGUCAGCUGGUAACAAGGGGAGGGGAAUUAGCAUUUCUACCAAUUGACAUGUGUUUUGCUUGUUAAACAAAAUUACAGUUUAAUAAAUGUUCAGGGUUUUUUUUAAA